AUGAGCACAGCCACUUCGAGCUCUGAUGUCCCGAGUCGCCAUCAGGGAUUCGGCAGACUCAAAGGUGAACAAUUUCUGUGUAUCAACGCACAGGAAGCUCAUCAAAAUAAGCCCUCGCUCAGCAAACGAAAAUUAUCAAAGAGACUCCUCAUCGAUUCUGAUGAGGAAGAAUUUGACGACGCUGCGGACGCUGGCUUUGAGCCUCCACGCGUCAAACGCUCUCGUACUGCAGAACUAGCAUCGACGGGCCAUGAACAUAAUGAAGCGAAUCAUGAUAUGGAUGUAGAUGUUGAUGGGGAGGUGGAUGCAGAUGAAGAGACGCGGUUUCUACCGCCUGACCCUAUCGACCAACACGCCGCCACCGCUCCAGUUGCUCCCGGUCAAGCUCGGAAGAAGAGUAAGGCGGAUGUGGGUGCGAAGCAUAUAAAGAGGGCAGAUUCUGCAACCGCAGCCAAGAAGAAGAGACAACCGGUGUUUUCCUCCGACGCAGAGGAUGCCGAAGUCGACAUUGAUGACCUCAUGGACGAGGAUGAUUUCCUUGACGAACCAUUCCCAGAUAUCGAAGAAGAAGAGUUUGAACCUGAAGCUGCGCCAAAGCGUGGUGGAAAAGCAAAGGCGUCUUCGUCUGCGAAGCCUAAAACUACCAAGGUCAAACUGGUUUUGGGGAAGGGUGGCAAGGCGAAGGGUGGAAAAGAAAAGGAAAAAGAGAAGGAGAUCAUGAUCAAGGACGAGCGCAAGAUACCUCCUCCUGGCACCCCAUCUGUGUCUACCAGCGUCACAGCCCAGAGUCAGAUAUCUGAACUCUUUGCAGAUGACGAGCCCUCCGUUCAUCCACCAUCAGUGGUCGAUCCUGCUGUCGCAUCUGAUCAAUCCGCCUUGCCGCCGCCCGAACUGAAGAAGCGUAAACUCCCAACAAUUAAGAAGAACAAACCUUCUGCUUCAACUGCCACUUCCGCUCAAUCCCAGUCCGCCGCCGCUUCCUCCAAGGCACCACCUUCAACUGAUGAUAUAUCAAAAAUCAGUGCACCUGCUCUUUCGCAGCGUAAGGCUGCAGGUCUCAUGGGGGCAGCAGACUUUGACUUGCGAGAUAAAAGUGUGUACGCUGAGCUCUUUAAAGGGGCUGGCGGUAGUACUCCUCGGUCUGGACUCAACAGGAGGGAAAAGGAGGAAGAACGAAGGAAAGAGCUGAACAAGAUGCGUGAUGAAGCAAAAGCUAAGCGUGCGGAAGAAGCUAAACAUCAUUUCGAUCUACAGUCACAAGCAGACAAGAUCGCAGGUUUUGAACAGAAACUCAGAGCCCACAAUAGCAUGGCUUUGCACCCAAAUUUCCUUGCUGCCAAGUUCCGAGAGGAGUAUGACAAGGAGAGGGCGCGUCUACGACACCACAGGGAGCGGAGCCAGAGUGCCACGAAAGAGGAGGGAGAGGCUUGA